CAUCAGUAUUGAAUUUUCUUCUCAGUGAAUAAGAAGCUGGCGAGAGCAGCUGUAAAGUUCAAAGUAUCCGCUAUAUAAAUGUAAAAGAUUUUUAAUGUCUGUAAUAACUGCAACAUAAGUGUAAACGAAUUGAAAAUAUUUGAGGAAUUGUUGGAACAAAAAGUCUUAUUGUAAAUACAGAUAAAAAAGUGUUAACAUACUAUUUACUAGGAGUAGCACUUUUUACUUACGCUUGAAAUAUAAGAAAUGUUAAAAUCUAUAGAACGUGCGAGUGUGUUAAAGUUUUUCUUCUAUUUUCUUCUUAUAUCUGAAAUAAUAAGUGUUAACUCCGAGACACCAAUCAACUCAUAUUUACCACCCGCUCAUGGCCAUGGUCACGGAGGAGAUGGUGGACAUCACGAAGAUCAUCAUACGGACCUAGUGCCACCAUCUAGUAGUUAUGGAACUCCUGAUUCGAGUUAUGGCCCACCUCACCAUCAGUCUGGUUUUCAUCCUGACCAUGACGAACAUGAGGACCAUCACGAUCAUCAUGACAACCACGAUGAAAGUGGAUCUUUUGAAGAUGAUCCAGCAAAAUAUGAAUUUAGCUACGAAGUGGAUGAGGAACAUACAGAUCUGUCGUUUGGUCAUGAAGAAAUGCGAGAUGGAGACUAUACCACCGGGAAAUAUAACGUAUUGCUUCCAGAUGGUCGUCGUCAGAUUGUAGAGUAUGAAGCAGAUCAUAAGGGAUACAGACCUAAAAUUACUUACGAAGGAGGAGACGAGCAUCCCCACCACCAUGAACAUCCCCAUGAACAUGUGCAGGAACAUGGACAUGGUGGGUACUCAAAGGAAGCUCCUCACAAUCAGCUCGGUUAUCCUAGGGAAUCACAUCACGAUUUUGAGCAUAAUGGUAUUACGCAUGGAUCCAAUGAGUAUGAUUCGCAUGGACAUGAUAAUGGACAUAGUAGAGCAGAUCAUGGAAUUCACGACAGCCACCGAGGAUAUGACAGCAAUGCACAUGAGUAUCAUGGAAACAAGCAUGGUAAUGGGCACAGCAAUAGCGGACACAAUAAAAAUUCAGCACAAAAUGGUCAUAACGAUCAUCACCAUAACGGGCAUAAUGGUCAUCAUCGUCGAAGGAGCAAUAACAAUGAUAGCCAUCAUCGCCUAUUAAAUUAUCAAAGCAUUGACAACCAUCAUCACAAUGGCUACCAUUAGUUAAUAUUGUAAUGAAAAAGGAAUCAAGCCACCUCGUUUGAAAAUGAUUCACAAACGCUGCGUUUAACAGAAUGUUUAGAAUGUAUUGUGAGUUAGAAUGUUUCAUUUCUUUCUGAGCGUUUUAUGUGCAACAACGAAAACUUAAUUAACAAAUGAACAUUUGUGUAGCAAAUAAUUAACUCUUAUUUUAAAAUGAAUAAAAGCUCAUUUAUAAGCUUGUAAACAUUCAAUGCCCUAGCAUUGGGAUUUAAAAAUGCAACUUGAA